CCUUGAGCCGGUCAAAGCCGGGACAGGUGCCCCUGCGAGCGGGCGCGCGCGCGCGAGUUCUCGGGAGCGCGGGAAACGGGGUGCGCGCUAUGGAGAGGCGCUUAGCUGAGUUCCGGGAGGCCCGGAAGCGCGCCGGGCUGGCGGCCGAACCCAGCACUUCGAGGCAGCGUGCACAAACCUCGGGAGAGAAGGCGGAAGCAGCUGCGACUCCAAAGGCAGCCCCAGGCUGGCUAAAACGGUUCCUGGUUUGGAAACUGAGGCCCGCGAGUGCCCAGGCCCAGCCCAACCUCGCCCAGGGAGCGGCUCGGCCUGGGGGCCGCGCGUCACAGCCACCGGGGAAUCCAGCCGAGCGUCCGCCGGCCCCGCCCCCGCAGGACCAGUCUCUCCUGACCAACAUCACCUUCUUGAAGGUGCUCCUCUGGUUGGUCCUGCUGGGACUGUUUGUGCAACUGGAAUUUGGCCUGGCCUAUUUUGUCCUGUCCCUCUUCUACUGGAUGUAUGUGGGGACACGAGGCCCCGAGGAGAAGACGGAGGGGGAGAAGAGCGCGUACUCCGUGUUCAACCCGGGCUGCGAGGCCAUCCAGGGUACCCUGACUGCCGAGCAGCUGGAGCGCGAGCUGCACUUGCGACCCCUGCAGGGGAGAUAGGACCAGCCCUGCUGUCGGCUGGCCUCCCAAGGUCCUUUCACCCCUGGGGCACCGACUUGUGGGUUUGACUAAGGACAGCUUGCGGGUCAGUUCUGUGACCCCGCAAUUCCACACUCUUUCCCCGAUCUCCUGCUGCAGUUUUAUAUCAAGUUCUUUUUGGUUUUGAUGAAACUCCCAGGAAGACAUUCACUGUGGGUCUGAUGCAAUUUAUAAAAAGAGAGACGCUUAAGAAAGGAGACCUCUUUGUCUCUUUAUUUGAGAGAGGUGAUUUUUAGAGCACUAAGAGGGCAUUGGGGAGAUAACUUUAAAAUACCCAGCUGUUUGAAGUAAUCGUUUGGUACAUCAAGACUGUAUAAACAUUGGAGCAUUGGGUGGAUAAAGACUUGGAUCUCACUCUCAAAAAGCUGGAAAGAAGACAAGGUGCUCGAGCCGCCAGCGCUCCCAGGUCUUCCGAAACUCCAUCUGGACCUUCCGUUGGAGAAGGAGGGAAGAAAAAGCCAUCAUGCAAACCAACUGCCCACAAUAUGGCCCCAUUAUUACAUUAGCAGGGAAGAGAAAAAAUCCACCGCAUUAUAUUAAGAGACACAAGUCAAGGCCUCCGGGCGCCUAAAUUAAUAUCCCAAUAAAAUUGUUUAUUGUUGUCUCCUA